AUGGAGCAAGAAAUGUCUACUAAUAGUGAUGGAAAAUCGGAACAUUUUAACAAUUUUGAGUCAGACAAUGCUAAGAGUUCGAUCACGUGUUCGAAUGUCCCUGAAGGGUUAUUUGAUACGUCUGCCGCCAAAAAACACUUCAGUAAAUUUGGGCGCGUUCAUAAGAUACGCCUCUUGCCUAAAAAGCUAAUGUGCAUUGUUGAAUAUGAACAGCCAAAUUCAGUUCAAAGAGCUUUAUUGAAUGCUGGAGCAUAUGAUGGCUUUAUGUUUGAUGUCACACGGUCAAAAGCACGAAUUCGGAGAAGAAGUAAAAAAGAUGAUGAUCCUGAUUGGGUACCUGAUUCUGAUGUUGAAGAGGAGUUAUCAGCUAUGGGAGGCAUAGCUACAUAUAGAGUGCCUCGGCAAAAACCUAUGGAGCUUGAUUCACCAAAGAAAAUAGUCUCACCGAAAAUUCCAAAACCAGUGAAAAAGGUGAUGAAGAUAAGAGGUGAUGUACCUGUGAGACCUAAAGUGAAGGGUGUUCUGUUUCAGCCAACAAGUGGUAUGGAGUCACCGGUAAUUGUGUCUACAAAUACGAGUCUUAGCACAACAGAAGCAGCUGCUGAACUUCAUCAAUUGAGAUCUAGGAUUUCUUUGACUCCUGAUGAAAAAUGGAGGACCUUAGACGCUAGGGACAGAAUACUUCGUUCAUGGGGAGGAGCCGGAUCCAGGGUGAAAAUGGGUGGUGCCACAAUAGGCACAUGCCCCGACAUGUGUCCCGAGAAAGAAUUACUCCACAGACAAGCAGAACAUCAGGUGAUGACGUUAGAAACAAUAGUCGAUUCAGAUGGAUUGCUUGAGCCAUGGAGAGCUGUCAAGCAGUACAGUCGCAGCUCGGCUGAUCAGGAAAUGCCCAUGUGCUACGAAUUGCGACCGGCCAGGGUCCUCAUGAGCACUUGCGCGUAUCUUCUGCAUGAGAUAGCUGACACAACAAGACAAGUAUCAUUGGCAGAUUGGUUCCAUUUUAUGUGGGAUCGUUUAAGAAGCAUUCGGAAGGACAUCACACAGCAAGCUUUGUGUUGUUCAGAUUCCAUUCGAUUGGUGGAGAUGUGUGCGAGGUUCCAUGCCCACUGCGCAGCGCGGCUCGCCGACCUGGAGCAUACGCAGUUUGAUCAGAAACUGAACACGGAUAACCUUACCAAAUGUCUUCAAACCCUCAAGCACAUGUACGCAGAUGUUCAGCCUGAGUUUAAACCGAAAGAGGCUGAGUUUAGAGGCUACAUUGCUCUUCUCAACCUUGGAGAUGCCAACUUUUGGUGGGAGAUCAAACAAUUACCUACUGAGAUUCAAAAGUCAGAAGCAAUAAUAUUCGCCAUCAAAAUUUUCACGGCAUUGGACAACAAUAAUUAUGUGAGGUUCUUCCGUCUUGUGCGUGAUGAGGCCACUUAUCUUCAAGCCUGCAUCCUCCUGCGAUACUUCAACGACGUCCGGGCCAGGGCGUUGGCUAGAAUCGUGAAGGCCUAUGCUCCUAGAGGCGGCUCCAAAUAUCCCGCUGAGGAACUAAUGAACUCUCUCGCCUUUGAAACCGUAGAGAGUAUGAGGUCCUUUGUAAAUCACUAUGGUUUACGUUUCUCCAAAAACGAUACUGAAUUAACCGUAAUCUUAGAUCGAAAUCAGUUCAUUGAAGACAGUGAUCCUUACCCAUUGGCUAGAGCACUCCACCUCAUAGAAUCAAAAAGAAAAAGCACUGUAGCCGAAAUUAUUUCUGGUGGAGAUUUACCAUAUUUUAAUUAUAAAAAUCAUACCCUACACACUAGCUUUGAUAUGGACGGAAAACUUAAAGAGUCAUCUUUAAUAGCAGAGGAUCUUGGAUAUAAUACGCUUAAUGACACCAAUAAGGAGGUCAAGUCUUUGAAAUCAGAAGUGCAAAGGUUGGGUAGGGGUGGAAAAACAUUCAACGUCAUAGAUAGACCUGCUGAUACUGGGAAAUCUAGUUUUGUUAAACCGGCGGCGAUGACUCCACCAAAAUCUGUAAAGAUACCUGUUCAUAGUACAAAUGGAGACAAGUCCUUUUUUUUCCAACCAGCUGUACCUAUAAAUCUACCUGAUAGUAUUAAAAAAUCACCAGUCUUAACAGGCGACACGAAGAAACAAUUUAUGUUUUCGCCUCCACAGCAGUCACAGCCAGACAGUUUUGUGCAGAAAUCAGGUCCAACCAAAAACCUGUUUGCUGAUAAAUUUUCAUCAAGCAACAAACUGUUUGGAAAUGAUAACAAAAAGGACUUGUUCAAAUCAUCUACUGCUGGUUCAGUAUUUGGUCCAGAUCCAAGAGUCGAGGCUGAAAAGAAAACACAUGAGCUGCCUAGUAAAAGUUUGUUCUCUAAUGCCGCAAGCGGAAAUAUUUUUGCAAAGAGGGAUGAGCCAAACAAUAUUUUUUCAAACGCACAAAAUAAAAAUAUAUUCAACAAGCCUACCGAGGCUUCUAAUGUCUUUGGAAAAAUCUCAACAGAAGACCAGAAAUUGAAUGCAGCAAGUGUGUUUAGAUCCUUUACAAAACCACAAGAAUUAGUCUCAAAUGGCGAAACUGGUCAUGUAUCCCCAGGAACAUUAUUUAAACAAGCAAAUAAUCCCCUUUCAUUGCAAAAUAAGUUGCCACUUAAUCAAAGUAACCUCGAUAGAUCGUCGAUGCCAAGUAACUUGUUUGGCCUUAUAAAACCAUCUCAACCUGUGGAUAUUUAUGAAUUUAAUGAAGAUUCAAACAGUUAUUCCACAGAGAAUUCAGAGAAGUUAGAAAAGGAAAGGUUAAUGAAAGAAGAAGCAAUAAGAAUAGAAAAAGAAAAGGAAUUAGAAGAGAUACGGAAAAGGGAACUAGAACGAAAAGCAGAGGAGCUGGAGCAACAAGAGGUUCGAAGAAAGCAAGAAGAACUAAAGAGAUUGGAAGAAAUUCGUAAAAAGGAAGAGGACAGAAAACAAGAGUUAUUGAAAAAGAAAUUAGAAGAAGAACGUCAAGCUGAGUUUAAGAGAAAAGCUGAGGAAGAAGAGAAGCUAUUUAAAGAAAGAGUGGAUAAAGAAUCAAGUAGCGUGAUAGAGGAGUUAGUGAAAGAAGUAAAUUCUGAAAUUGUAAGCUGUAUUAUGAAAGAAGAAAUGGAAAAGUUUAAUAAUAUUAUAGCAACGACAGAACAGAUGUCUGAUGAAAUACUCCAAGAGAUAAUAGAUACAACAUGUCGGGUUGAGUUAAAAGCUGAAAUGUUUUUAACGCAGAGGUUAAUGAAGAAGUGGUUUUAUAUAUGGCGAAAACAAAUUCUAAGGAAUUUCAAAAGAAGGCGUCUUCUAGAAGAUACACCCGUUUGGUUACCGAAUAAAACGCCAUUAGAGGAAGCUCAAAGUUUAAGAAGACUGUCGGAAAAGGCGGCAUUAUCUCGGAUGAAUGCUUUUCACAGGGGGCAAAAUUUUAAUGGCCAACCACGUGAAAUUCCCCCGCCUAAACGUUACAAUCUCGUAGAAGUUAUUAGGUCGUCAUUAUUGAAACGGAUGAAACAGAUAAAUUAUCCCUGCAAUAAGUGUUUCUUUUGGAAGCUUACAAUCGUUUCACCGGGUUCCAUGAAGUGGUUCUGUAGGAAGAUCAAUAUUGAAACGUGGUUGCUACACGCUUUCCGAGAUGAAGGAAAUGAAGCAAAAGAAAAUCUCAUUCAUGUUGGAAAACAAUCUUGGAAUAAUUUAAUGGAGUUUUCCACGGCUACAGCAUUGGUCAAUAAUGAUAAACCGGAAAUAUCUCCAACCGCUGUCGAGGGCACUAAUGGUAUUAUUUAUUACAUGUGUCAAGACGACCUUAAUAUUGAGAAUAUAGAAAAAGUUCUGAGACAUAAGCCUGCAUUCCAUAUAGUGCCUAUUGCUAUUAUAACAACUCCCAUCACAAAUGCUAUAAUACAAAACAAUCUAGAAAAAAGACUAGCCGAGCUAGUCAAAGGUCAGGUAAUUUCUGAAUAUAGGAUAUUAAUAGUAGAACCGACUAAUCUUGCCAUGUCUCUGGACAAUUUAACGAAAACUGCAUCAAAAUGGCUAGCUAGGAGAUGUCCAGAACCACCGCCACUGGAAAUGGACACGUUAAAGUCUAUUUGUCAAAGAUAUUUGGGUUCCGAUAUUUGGCACAGAUUAAAAUCUGACAACGAUAGAAGAGUACUAGAUGUAUUGACGGAUAUCAAGAAACUAGUUCAAUAUUACAAUAUAGCUGUUGAAAAAUUAACGUCAGUCAUUACCGAUGAAAAGCUAUUCAAUUAUACGGCAUUUCCUGAUGAAUUCAAGAAGUAUUUGGAUUUUUCAGUUCCCUGUCCGAAACCAUAUGAAUACAUUUCAAAUACUCUCAGAAAUACAGAAAACACAAAUGCUAUCAAAGAUAUCAUGCAAAGAUUAAAAUUGCACAGUCCUCGUUUUCUUAUAUCUCCCAACAGUGAACUGGACAUGCAAGACCAAGUUCAGCAGUACUGUCACCAAAUUGGUUGGUUCAGAAAUCCGGAAGGGCUCGAGUGUACUACUGUAUCGUGCCUACCAAAUAAUAUUGUCUACGACACUACACCAAGCGAUAGCUUUGUAAAAUUCUUCGAACAGUACAAUUUAUCAGAGAUAUUAAAUAUAAUUGUUUAUGAAAAAAUAAGUAUACUCAAGGAUUUCAGCGAACGCUUUGCUAUAUAUCAUAAGUCUGUCAUGGAAGACUUUCGUAAUGUGAAUUGGUUGUAUGAUAUAGAUAUUAUCUCUUCCAUAAAACAUAAGGCUGAUGUAACUGAAGACGACUUAGACUAUUUUAUAGAGGCGAAACGGCGCAAAAUCGAUGAUUCCUGUGAAUACCUUGCUUUGGAAGACGCAGAUUGUACUAGGGUAGAAUGUACUCUGGCAUCCGUGGACAGAAGUAUUUCAAUGUGCAACAGUUAUAAGAAGGUUGUAUCCGAACUUGAAACGCAACUAGAUGAAGGGAAAAAGAAGUCUGAUCAAUUAGAGCGAUUGCUUCAGGCAGCACUAAAUGAUGCCUAA